AUGGCGGCGGCCAAACCCUCAAGAAGAGAGAGGACGCGAGAUGGGAAGGUUGCGGGGGAUCGCACGGGUGGCAAACAUCAACCCACAACAGAGUCUGAGGCCUUAGAGCUACAAAAUGCCCCUCAACAGAUGUGGAUCUUCGUCAGCACCCUCAUCGGGGAGACCAUCCGUCUCGAGGUUCUGGGUUCAGACACCAUCAACGUGGUGAAAGCAAAGAUUCAGGAUCGGCACCGCCUCAUUUAUGAUGGGAAGUGGCUGGACGACAGGCAUACUUUGGACCAUUACGAAAUCCACAGUGGAUGCAGCCUCAUCCUAGAUCUCAACCGCGGAGGGAUGCGCAUGCCAAUCUUCAUCAAGAUGAUGACAGGCAGAAGCAGAACCAUCACCCUUGAUGUCCAGAAUACAGAUACCAUCAGCACUGUCAAGGCUAUGAUCUAUUAUAUGGAUGACAUUCCAUUGGACCAGCAACGCCUCACGUUCGAUGGCAAGCAGCUGAUUGACGGAUGCUCUUUGGCUUAUUACAACAUCGGCAGGGAAUCAACCAUCUGUCUGGCACGGAUGCAGGUGCAACUUAUCGUGAAGAACCCCAGCGGUGGCAAGACACUGACCCUCGAGGUCGCCCCAUCAGAAACCGUUCGCAAUGUCAACGCAAAAAUUAAGCAGCAGUUCCAACUCAUCCUUGAUGACCAGCUCAUGGAGGACUCUCGUAGUUUAGCCGAUUACAACACUGAGAACCAAUCAACUCUGCACCUUGAUCUCCACUUCCAGAGCGGCACGCCGAUGCCGAUCUUCAUCCAGAGGCACGGCAAGGAGAGAAUCAGCCUUGUGGUCGCGAGCUCAGAUAGCAUUAAGGACAUCAAGGCAAAGAUUCAAGAUAGAAUCGGCAUUCCUUCUAACACUCUUGCCAGCGAGAUCUCGAUCCCUCUCAAUGUGGACGCAUUUGACACAAUCAGCGUGAUCAAGGCAAAGAUUCAAGAUAAGCAGCGUCUCAUGAUUUCCCACAAACGGCUGGAGGACAACCGUACUUUGUCCGAUUAUAAUAUCAAGGCUGGAAGCACUAUCCAACUCAAACUACGGUCAUGGGGUAGCAUGCAAGUGUUCGUCAAGGAUCUGAGGGGCAACACCAUCACUUUUGAGUUCGAGAGCUCAGAUACCAUUGCUGAUAUCAAGGAGAGGAUUCAUUAUAUGCAGCACAUUCCCCCUAGAGAGCAGCGUCUCAUCUAUGCAGGGAGGCAGCUACAGGACGAUCACACCCUUGCGGACUACAACAUCUCGAGAUAUUCCACGCUGCAUCUACUACUACGCCUUCGUGGUGGUCGAUGA